UCCGGCGCUUCUCCGUUAAUCGGGAGCUCUCCUGCGUCAAAUGCUCAGUUGCUUCUUCCGCCAGAUCUGCAGAGGAUGCGGACGCUGACCGGGGAAUGUGGACGACGGCGACGAAGUUAUUUACAAGCAGAGGGAAGGAAUCCGCAAUUCUCCGAACUCUUAUUCUGGGACGCCAUUCCGAACAAUGA